GUUCAGUGACGUGUUCGCGACCGUUGGCUACAGCGAAGUGAGCAAGCGCUAAAUUCAAAAUUUUCAAACAGCUGAGGAGCGCGUGGCGUGUGUGAAAGAGAAAGAGAGAGCGGAGAGACUUUUACUCGCUCACCAGACAAAUAAAGAAGAAAAACAGAGAGGAUUGUGUUUUAAUUUAAGCUUGUUGUAGCAUAUAUCAGGAUGGACCCAUUCACAGAGAAACUGUUAGAGCGCACACGUGCUCGUAGAGAGAAUUUGCAGAGGAAGAUGGCGGAGAGACCAACGGCAGCCAACCGUCCAAUGGCAAAAAGGACGAGGGAGCCACUUACAGAUACAAACAGUGUCAUAAGUGAGCCCACCAUUGAAAAAGUACUUCCCUCCUCCAAGCCGUCCCCCUCAAAGCGUCGCUGUUCAGAUGAAAAUACUCUCCUUACUGGAGAAGAAAACAAGCAACCGGUGACCCUGCAGUCGACAGCUUCUGAGCCUAUGACAGACAAGAAGCCACCCCUGGCACCAAGCAGUGUUCGUCCUGUGCCCGUGGAGCCUAGGUCUGCUCGUUUUACACCAGAACCAGAGGUGCUGCCCACUCGACCUCCUCCAGACACUGAAAAGAUGGUGGUGUGCCCUCCACAGUCUCCAGCAAAAAGCACAGAUACUGCAAUGAAGCACACUGCUCUAGAUGGAGCCAGAGAGACUCAGAAAGAUGCACCAACCCCAGUCCCAACCAACAUGAGAUCUCGUCUGCAGAGACUGGCUGAACAGAGGCAGUACUGGGACUCAGAGGGGACCUCAGAAACAGUCCCAGAGAGCGUAGUCCUAUCUCCUUUGAAGUCUCAGAAAGUGGAUCUCCCUCCUGCUACUCCAGCAAACUCUGAGCUCCCCGUUGGAAGAAAGGGUAGGCUUGCAAACCUUGCCGCCACAAUCGGCUCCUGGGAAGAUGACCUUGCACACCCACCCACUCGCCGGGACAAUACCCAAGCACAGCCUAGCACAACCUCUGUGCGCCCACCAGUCAGUACAGUGUCGAGUAACAGUGAACGACUUCAGUCUGCCCGGCCAGCUCCACACAAGCCUGUUGACAGCGGCCAGCAGCCAACAGUUUAUUCUCCAGUCAAGUCAACCAGAUUGGUUCCCCCUAGUCCUCAGAAGACUGAGUUGCCUCAGCCCAGACUGGCUCAAGCAGUUCCAUCUCCUGUUUCCAGCCCAGUGAAGAAUUACUCCUCUAGCCCACUUAAAUCUUUGACAGCAUCUCCUUCUAGUCCCCAUAGAGGUUACAUCUCUCAGAGCCCCCUGAAGAACCAGGGCCCAUCUAAGUUGAAUUCUGGAGCAGCACUUAAUUCAAGCCCUGCAAAACCAAUUUUAACACCUAAACCCUCUUCUACUGCUGAUGCUGCUGUGGUACCUCAGGGUCGUGAGAGGUUUACCAAGGACACAACACCCUUACAGCACAGAGGCCCAGCUGGAGCUUCCGGAGGUGUCAAAUCAUUUUUGGAGCGUUUUGGAGAAAGGUGCCAGGAGCGUAACCAGAACUCUCCCUCCACAUUAGGAAGUCAAGGCCACACACCGGCGGCUACUCCCUCUGCCACCUCUAAGUCCAGGCUGCUCCAAGACAGGCUGGGGGGUGCCCAGGCCACCUCCACCACGGCUGUCCUCACUCAGAAGCAGAAAAUGGAGCGAGAGACAGAACUGGCACAAAUUCGUAAUAGAUUUCAAAAAGGCAACAUUUUCAGGAGUAAAGAGGAUCUCAGUGAGGUCAAGAAUGAUCCUGAAAACAAGGAAAUUGAACUGUCUGUACAGAGUGAGACUUCUGUGCCACUGCAUGAUGAUGAGCCUUCUUUACCAGUGGCCGAAGUACUCAACAGCCCUUCUAAAUCUAGUGGAAAAGAAAUGGAGUGUGCUUUUCCAAGUCCUAUAAAGAAAGUUGAAUUCACAGAAGAGAUGCCUACAAUGAAAGAGCAAGAGGAAGUGAAAGAAGUAGAGGAAGUGCAUGAGAUUGAGAUGAACGUGGAUGGUUCUGUUAACUCUGAGGUGAUAAAUGAGCUGUUUGAUGGAGUCCUGGAGGAAAGUGAGGACCAAAGUGAUGAAGAGGAUGAAGAUGCUCUGAAUAUCUCCUCCAUGUCUCUCCUUGCUCCACUUGCAGAGACCGUAGCAGCUGUGGUCAAGAGCCCAGAAAGAAAACCUAUGACAUCGACUCCUGCCAGCUCAUUCAUUAAAAAGAGUUCCACCCCUGAGAAUGUUUCCAGGCUCGGUAAGUUCCAAAGGACACGCGUGUUACGAGCUGGAUCAUCUGACAGCAUCGAUGUCAUAGAUGAGCAGCAAAACCAGAACCUUCUCUACAGCAUUGAUGCCUACAGAUCCACAAGGGUCAAGACCGAGUCUGAGAGACCUCAUGUUAAACAGGUAAUCGUGAGGAAAGAGGAUGUUUCGCAGAAGAUGGAGGCGAAUGGGAGCUCCAGUCUCAUCAACAUCAAGCAGAAAAUGAAGAUGUUGACCAAUGAGAUGAACCUGCAGCAGACUGUGAUCCAUCAGGCUAGCCAGGCUCUCAACUGCUGCACAGAUGAAGAACAUGGGAAAGGAUCUCAGGUGGAGGCUGAGGCUGAAAGACUGCUGCUUAUUGCCACUGAAAGGAGGGUCGCCCUCAAGGCUGAGCUGGACCGACUAAAAGCAGAGGGUCCAACUGCCCAGAAGAAAAGCACAAGCAGUGCCCAGGUGGAUAUGGGUAUACCUGCUUCUAAAGGGUCUAUCUCACUACUGGAGCUGCGACUCCCUCUGAAGGCCGACUUUAUCUGUUCUUCCGCCAACAAGCCUGAUUGUGGAAACCAUUACUUCUUUGUGAUGAUCCGUGCUGGAGCCGAGAACACAGUGGCGACUCCUCUAGCAAGCACACGCACUGGUCUAAGUGGCGAUGCUUUGACCUUCACCACCAAAUUCACUUUGUCUGAUGUCUCUAAUGACUUUGAGAUCGAUAUUGAGGUCUACUGUUUUGUUCAGAAACGGGAGCUGAACUCUGACAAGAGGAAAAAGCCCAACAAGUCAAAGAGCAGCAGUCAGCGUGUCCAGAUUCUCCUGAGGCAUUUCCAUGACAUGGAAGCAUGCUUGUUGGCUAUCACACCAAAGAGGUUCCUCGCCAUCUCUAAGAGCAACCUCCAAACACCUGUUAUGGCUAGCCCCGGUGGUCCAAAUGCAGUGCGCACCAGUAGCUUUGUACUCGUUGGAUCGCACAAGCUAACUCUAGCCUCCAUUGGGAAAAACAAAUUCCCGUUGGAGAAGAUCAAAUAUGAAAGGAGUGAAAGAGAGCUGCUCAGUGACAUGUUUCGUGACAAGGUACCUUUCCUUUGUCCUUUGGAGGGGCAUGUUUACCUGAAAAUGCAUUGCGAGGUUGGCUCACGGAUAGAGGAAAGGGGCUUCCUGACUAUGUUUGAGGAUGUCAGUGGAUUUGGAGCCUGGCACAGGAGGUGGUGUGUUCUUUCAGGAUACUGCAUCUCUUAUUGGACCUACCCUGAUGAUGAAAAACGGAAGAAUCCAAUUGGUCGCAUUAACCUUGCUAACUGUACCAGCCGUAAAGUGGAGCCGGCAAACAGAGAGUUCUGUGCUCGGCCCAAUACCUUUGAGCUCAUCACUGUGAGACCACAGAGAGAAGAUGACAGAGAGACCCUGGUCAGCCAGUGCAAGGACACACUGUGUGUUACAAAGAACUGGCUGAGUGCUGACACUAAGGACGAGAGGAAUCUGUGGAUGCAGAAGCUCAACCAGAUCUUGGUGGACCUGCGCAUGUGGCAGCCAGAUUCAUGCUACAAACCCAUGUGAGCCUGCUCUCAUCUGGCACCAAGGACCAAACGUAUCCUGGUCUGACUUUUACAUUGACUGCAUACAUAUCUGAUUUGGAAGUGCAAUAUGGCAUCAGUUACAGAGCGUUUACAGAUUUUACAAGUUCUUCAUUAUAAAUUUGACAAAAGUCAAAUGUAUAUACAUAAAAGAAUCAAUAAAGCCAUAAAUGAAAAGACGUUUCAAUUAAAGAACAAAAUGUUUUGCCUUACAAGGGUAUUCAGGUAUAUUCUAGGUAUUUUAUCUGUGUAAAUGCAUGGCUUCCUUAAAGACUAAUGAAAGUUUGUUUGCUUUGUUAGACUGUUGAUUUUUAUAUGUAUAUUUAAAUGUCUUUUGCAUGACUGCUGUCUGCUGAGAAUACCUGCUGUAUUCAGAUUUCUCAGAAUAUUCAAGUUGAGCAACAAGACAGGAUGCAGAUUCCUAAAUUUUUGAAUGAACCACACACUUCACGUCACUGCUUUGUGGUGACACAUUUGAUUCAUAUACUAAGUUCAACUUCAAAAACCCAUGAUCUGUUUUAUAUUUUGUAAGCAAGGUAUAUUGGAUGUCAUAGGGAUGACUUUAAUUUUUUGCUGGUCAGUCAUGGGAAUUUUAUUUGAAUAACUAAAGGGUUUAGUAGGAUUAUGGAGUUCUAAAAAUUAGCUUGAAUUGAGAAAUUUAUAUUUAUUUAUCUUUUUGUUUACUUUAAGUACACAGUGGAGAGCACACUUUGAUAACCAAAGGGAAUAGGGUUUUUCUUUUUUACUUUUAGAGUUUUUUUUUUUUACUACAUUUAUGGGCAUUGUGGUUCAAACACUGCAGACAUUUCAAAACACAAUUAGAUCCUUCCCUGUAUCACAAAAGCUCUUCAGCUAAGUUUCUGCAAUAUCACUAUGAUAUGAGCCUUCAAAAGAAUACAUGCAGACUGCAUUUGCCAUAAAUAUAUUCCUUUAUUGAAAAGACAAAAAUGCCCCAACAUUUUUUUUCCUUUGCUAGAUGACUUGACAGUAUUUGUGAGCUAAAAUAUUUAUCAUGCACAUCCCCUAUUUUCUGAGCUCUCUACACCACAUGUAUAUUUUUGUUUUAAUUUUAUAUGAACAUUUUAUAACUUUUUAAAUUGUUACAACUUACUAUAUUAACUUGUAUCCAAAUGUGUUGAAUAAGUGACAUUUACAAAAGCUUUUUUUAAUUGACACUAAAUGUCAUUGCCUUGACUAAAACAAAUUUCUUAACCUUGUGAUGCACAAUAUCAAAAUGCAGCUCCUAUCACUGUAGUAAUCUUAAGGCACUUUAGUGUUAUGGCUUAAAUCGGCUGUUUUGUUUUGUGUGUUAUAGUAUCUUAAACACUCCAAAUGUGGCUUCCAUGUAUCACACAGAGCUGCAGUUUAAAUAAAACAAGCUUUUGACAACA